AUGGCUCAGCGUGUUACCUACAGAAGAAAGACUCCAUACAACACCAAGUCUAACAAGAUUAAGGUCGUCAAGACCCCAGGUGGUAAGUUGGUUGCCCAGCACUUGAAGAAGCAGGCCACUACCCCUAAGUGUGGUGACUGUGGUAUCGCUUUGCAGGGUAUCGCCACCUUGAGACCAAGAGAGUACUCUCAGAUCUCUAAGACCAAGAAGACCGUCCAGAGAGCCUACGGUGGUUCCAGAUGUGCCAACUGUGUCAAGGAGAGAAUCGUCAGAGCUUUCUUGAUCGAGGAGCAGAAGAUCGUCAAGAGAGUGUUGAAGGAUCAGCAGGAGAAGGAGAAGGCUUCUAAGAAAUAA